UGAAGCUUGCCAUGGGAUGCCUUUGCUCCCCGGGAGGAUCCCUCGCUUAAGAUGGGGAAUAAGCAGACGAUAUUUACAGAUGAGCAGCUCGACGCCUACCAGGAUUGUACCUUCUUCACACGGAAAGAGAUCCUUCGGUUGCACGGACGCUACCACGAAUUGGCACCAAACAUGGUGCCUAUGGACUAUACCAGGAAUCCAGACGUUAAAUUACCUAUGCAGCUCAUAGUCAACAUGCCAGAGCUAAAGGAGAACCCCUUCAGGGAGAGGAUUGUCCACUCUUUUUCUGAGGAUGAGGAGGGCAGUCUCAGCUUCAAUGACUUUGUGGACAUGUUCUCCGUCCUCAGUGAAACAGCUCCUCGAGAGCUGAAAGCAAUCUAUGCCUUUAAGAUCUACGAUUUUAAUGUGGACAACUUCAUUUGUAAAGCGGAUCUGGAACAAACCCUCAACAAGUUGACCAAAGAAGAGCUGACGGAGGAAGAGGUCAGCCUGGUUUGUGAAAAGGUUAUUGAAGAAGCAGAUAUGGACGGUGACGGGAAGCUUGGAUAUUCGGAUUUUGAGAACAUGAUUUCCAAAGCGCCAGAUUUUCUCAGCACCUUCCACAUACGGAUCUGAAAAUGCUGGCUGAGCCUGUGGAGCGACCCCAUCGCCUGUCCUGCCUCCCCAAAUCUCAGGCAAAGCUGCGGGCAAUUUGUGCCCUUUUCUGAAUUCUGCCACGAAAGGACUACACAACACUGGGCCUUCCCAGAGGAGAAGCCCCGCUGCUUCCCAAGAGUCUCGGAGUCCCCAUCGAGGUGUUGUGAUCGUUGUUUACUCAUCACAGUCGGGUAGCAAGGCUGCAGGUGUCCAGUUGUUGGGUUGUUAAUUUUUUUAUCCAGACAGACGUCCAUCCAGUGGUGUCUCCCUUGUGGUUUUUAUAUUUGUAAAGAUUUGAUAAAAUGGUCCCUCCGAGCAAAAACAGAGCGAGAGCCAGAAGAGAUGCUGCCUCGCCCAGAAGCGGCUGGAUUAUAAAUAAAGAAAUGCGUAAGGAAACGCUGGCCUUAAGGGAGUGAUCUUCACAGCUGGGAGGAGUGGCCUGACGUGGACGGACGGCUGCAGUGCCCGUCGUGUCCCGUCGGGUGGAAGACGCUGCAUCACCCGAAUGUGCCAUUGGGCUGGCUUUGGUGCUUAAGUGACCUGUGACCCCAUGGAACUUGAACCCCUUCCCUUCGGAAAACCUGAUUUGCGCCACUGAUUUCUUUCUUCUCCAAGCAGACUCUGUUGAACUGUGUCUUUGGCAUCCUAGGAGGGUCUGGCUUCUUCCUCGCGUUCUGAUUCAAUUAGUCUGACAGAUUGCAAAAAAAAAAACACCCUCCCCCCAACAAAGAAAAUGACCAAACCAAGGAUAUACCCAUGAGGAAAUCCAGGAAAUAGUUCAUCAAUCAAAAAAGAAACAUCCUUUUUUUCGGAGAGCCAGCUAUGCAAUCUUCCCCAUCAAAUGCAUGACUUCCGUUGUUUUCACCCCUUCCGUUCGUUGUUCUUGUAUCUUCUCUCAAAAACCGGCUUCAUUAUAUGUCUUCUGAGUCCCCCCUUGGAUGAAAACGGGCACGCUGACAAUCAUUCAUGUACAAUAACUGUUCUUGAACAGUCUUAUAGAAGGGCUCUGUUAAAUAUCCAUGGCUUAUGUAACCAAGACAUCCAUGAUUAAAUA